CAAAUACAGUGUGUCCCUGAGCCACAGGGCAUGUAGUUUCGUGUAUAAGCAGAAUAGGCCUAUGUGUGUCAGGCCUGACAACGUCAUUGUUACCUGUUUGCAUAUGUCCUUCUCUGUACACUAUACAAGCAGCUGAUGCCCAGUGAAACUGGGUGUGUCUGUUUCAGAGGAUUUAAAUCAACUGCAUUCAAAUACAGCUUUGUGUGAACCCAAACAGAUGGGUCAUGGGCUCAUGCACCCCAAAGGUAAUCUUUUGGGUAGACGGACCACCUUGUUUGACAUGUCAACGUGAUUUCAAAUCCUCACGAGAUCUGCAGACAUAUGCAAAGCAGACAGGCUCGAUGGGUUUCGACUGCAUGGAGACGUAACAUGUCUUUGAUAACAUGACGAGCAGCAGCCAGCUGGACUUUGGCCCCUCUGUAGGCCGACAGGUGAUACAGGUGAUCUGACGAAGAAGUGUUUCUCUUUUACUAUAUUAAUAUUUUGAUUAAUUCCAUGGAAUCUUUUUGAGGGCUGUGGAUGCUGGUGUGAUGAUAACUGAGGAAACAUGGACGUUUUUACACUGGGUCUUUUUUUUCUGAUCACCAAGGGAGUGUCGGCUGAGGUGCAGCUCCAGCCUCUAAAUGCAGCAGUGCUCAGUGGUUCGAAGGCUCGGUUCAAUUGCAGUUCAACCCAGCCCACAUCCGUCAUGACCUGGACAGUCAAUGGACUCUUGGUUCUCACCAUUAUAGAAACAUCUGGGGUGCUGAACAGCACAGACCGUUUUUAUGCCACAAAUUUCACCACACCUGGAAAUUACAAAUGGGAGUUUAUAAUUAGCAACGUGCAGAUAGGCGAUGCUGGUGAAGUCACCUGUCAGGUUUUGGGUGGAGAGCUUCAGAUGUCCACUCUUUCUGUACAAGAACGUGGCAGUGUCGAGAUCGUAGGUGGAAAUCAGACCAAAACGGAAGGAGCUCAGACGGAGUUCCGGUGCCGGGCCGUGGGCUGGUUUCCGGAGCCCAACAUGUCCUGGUCUGUAAAUGGAGUGGAAAAUUCCUGCAACAGAAGCUCUGAAACACAGGGAAGUCUGUUUAACUCCAGCUGCACAUUGACGGUCAGUGCCGUCAAAAAUUCUUCUGUUCAGUGUCUGGUCAUGGUACCUGCCCUGAGCACACCGGAAAGCAACACUGUCUUUCUGACCGUCGAAAAGUCUGCUAAAAGAGACCAGACGGUGUUGAUCGCUGUCACUGUUGCCUUCAGUGCUGCUGCUCUUUUGUUUCUAAUCAUCUAUGGAAUUUUUUUCUUCUGCAAGAGAAGGAAGAAAAAAUCAAGCUACCAAGAGGAGGUCAGGAGGGCACAAGUCCAGUCCCAGAAUAGGACGCCUGGCACACAAGAUGUGGGAGUACGGGACAACCAAGGAUAUAUUACAGAUGGUCAUGAUGGACACACCAACGGCGGAGUCUGGUAUACGAACUAUUCUAACAAAAAUCAGAUGCCUGAUGGCUUUUCUGAGGAUGGUCCCAAGAAGCACAGACACAUGACCAUCGUCUAGAGACUAAAUCUGACUGGUGAACCUUUCUGUUGGAAUUCACAGACAGCAGGUGUUCUGGCUUUCUUCUUCUCUCUUGUGCAUAAAAUCAUCACUUUAGGUUUAAUUACAGAAGAAAAAGAGCACGAGGGACUUUAUAUCAGCACCUGCACAGGAUUAUUUAUUGGAACACAGUAGCAUUUUCUCGGUGGUCUCAGACCUUUGGACCCAACUGAAUACUGUAUUUUUACCACCAAUGCAUGUUUCACAUAAUGAACUCACUUUUUAGUUUUUAUGGACUUUAAAAGAUAAACAUGAUCGUGAGUGCGGCCAAUGGGUUGGUUAAAAUCCACCCAUGUCUGAAUAGUCAUAUGAACAAAGUAUAUCAGAUGUUGUGUUGAUUUAUUGUAUAUCCUUGCAUGUGCAUAAUGCAUGCAACGGAUGCUUGCAUUUUCACAGCAGGUUUGUUUGAAUCAACAACAUCCUGUUUUCUCCAGAAUUAUAAAACCAUCAGCAUAUGGCACAAAA